UAGUGGGGAUAUAAAUAAUAACAGCAAUACAGAUAAAAUAGAGCAAUUGGAAGAAAAAUUUGAAAAUUUGAGUCAAACUAUGCAAGAUCACGAGCAAAAAACUUUACAAAUAGAAGAGGAUUUGCGUAGAAUGGAUGAAGGUAAUUCUAAUUCAUAUCCCUCAACCUCUCAAAACGAAAACAGGGGAGAUUUGUCUGCACAAAUAAAUAAUUUGGAAAGAAAAAUAAAUAAAAUUGAGAAUUCUGUGGGGAAUAUUGGACAAACAAGGAAUGGAAAUAAAUCUGAAUUUGAGAGAGAUUUUAAUACAAAAAUAGAAAAAAAUAUAAGAGAAAUAAAUGAAUUAAAAAGCCAAAUACGUAAUCUUGGAAAUAAAAUUGGAAAUAAUAAUCAAAAUAAUCAUCAAAGACCUAACAACAAUGAAAUUGGAAACAGAAAAAUUGAGAUGUUAGAAAAUAAUUUAAAAACUCAAAACCAAAAAAUUGAAGAAAUUGGAAGGGAAAUGCGAUCAAAACAAAUGCAUAAUAAUAAUGAUAAUCAAGUUGAGACAAUGAAACGAACAAUUGAACAAAUUAGAAGAGAAAUGAAAGAAAAUGAAGUGAGUUUAAGAGAUUUAAUGAAAAUUGUUUUGUGA